AUGGCAUUUUUAACAGCUAAUAAUAAAAACGUGUCUCUCCGUGACGUUGACAAUACUUUUUACAAAAUCAAGGCAUUACAUAUUAGUUUACUUAAUACAGAAGACACUAUAGAUUACUUAAAAUACGACUAUGGUUUGAAAGAAGGUUCAGCAGCUUCACUCGCAAAAUUUGCCAAGGAAUGCAAGACGCAAACAGAAAAAAGUGUUCCACAGACUAAUCCUUUGAAAGAAAUUGAAUUUUAUGACGUAGUCGAAUUUGUGAAAAAUAAGUUGAACCUAAAUACGGAACAAAUAAAAAAAAUUCAAAUUUUGGAAGAUUGUAGUUUAAAAUCUCAGGGUAUAAACAGUGAAGCGAACUUAAACAUUGCAAUUGAUCGAAUUAAUGAAAAGAUGUCUCUUCUGUUAGAACACAAAAAAGAAGAAUACCAGCAAAUAACACAGAACUCAGACAACGAAAAAAAUGAUGAAGAGGAGAAGAAAAAUACUGAUAAAGUGCGUUCAUCGGACAAUGUUAUAGAUACUAUCGAUACUACUAAUACUUUUAAUCAAUUUCAAGAAGAGCUUGACAAUUAUAUCAAUAAAAGUACUCCAACAGAGGGAAAAUAUACCUGCUCAAUCUGUAAUAAAAACCUAGUCUCAGACAAGACAUUAACUAGAUAUAUUACUGAACAACAUACAAACAAACGUUACCGUUGUAACUAA